GAAACAGGAAAUGAGCGUUCGGUGUUUCUAUGGUAACAUAUACAACCCUGCAACGUUAGCUUUGUACAGUCGCUAGCCUUUUUGUGAAUUUGUGACUACUACACACUUUCAUAUCAUGCACGGACCAAACACGUACCUUAUACGACCUAAUUACCAGGACAAGUUUAAACCAGCCACUGUGAAAGGAUGCAUUCGUGAAAUUUUGAAGGAGCAGUUAUCUGGAGUUCAGUACGUCCCUGACAAUGUCCAAGAGCUGACCCGUUCACUGGCAGAAAGCAUUAAAAACAAAGUGAAGGAGAUGGUACAUGACAGAUAUAAGCUUGCUGUUCAGGUGGUCAUUGGAGAACAGCGGGGACAAGGAUUUAAGAUGUCGUCCAAGUGUUUGUGGGACUCUGACACAGACAGUUACGCAGAAAGUGUUUUCAUGAAUGACAGCUUGUUCUGUGUGGCGGCAGUUUUCGUUUGCUAUUACUACUGAGAACGUGAAGCAUGGACGACAGAAAACUUUCAUAAGGCGAGAUGUGAGAGGAACAUUUUGCUGUUGGCGUUUCAGAUGGGGACUGGUUGAUGUGUGUAAUUUCUGCAUCUUUGAGGGAGAUUGUCCUCUUCAGCAUCUGAAUGGCCUGUGCUAAUGUCGGGAUUUUAAUGUGACACAUUUCGCUGUAGUUCAUGACUUAACUAAGUUCUUAUUAGUAAGCGAUCUUCUUUGCAUCUUCCAGUCAAUGCUCAGUGUUGAGCCUUGGUGUUCAGGCGGUGGUUGAAUGUUCCAGUAAGGUUUUUAUUUUUUCACAUGAGGCCACUGACUUUCAAUAGAAAAAUAACAUUUUUAUUAAAUGUAAAAUUCAUUUGGAUGGAGAAAAAUAAAAACAAAAUGUAAGUGCACUAUAUUGUCAGCAGUUGCCUCAGAGUUACAGUAGAGGUCACUGUUUUCUGUUAUUGUAAAUUUUGAAAGACAAAUAAUAAAUGUCAGCUGCUGUAAUUAUACCUCUGACCCGUGUACCUGUAUUAUUCAAUAGCUUAAAUUUGUGAUCUCACUUCUUUUUGCUUUCAUGCUUUUGUAAAUGUCAGUUAUUCAUUUAUCUGACUUAAUGACUCUUAUCUCUCAGUUCAGUUAACAAUUGGGCAGAGAAAAUGUUGCAGUAUCUCAUCUUAUAUGUAGAAUUGGUUGAUUUUGCCAUAAACAGUUAAUGUAUGCAUUCUGUAUGUUUUUUUUCUAGUUCAAACAAACAAAAAAGAAAUAAAAAUAUUUUAAACAUU